UGUUGUGUUUAAAAAAACUUUGAUGCGACCUGAAUCGACUUAUUUUGAGUCCAGGAACUACACUAUUUUUCUUAAAAGAACAUCUCAUUUGGGCGAGUGCAACACUAAUUUCACUAAAAGAGCGCUAAAGACGUAACAGUAAAUCAGGUUAAAAUACAGGCGCAACCAAAGCUGCAGGAGUUUUAUAAUGAGGUCCGGUGAGCAUACAGGGCCCUAAAUUGAAUCCUGCAUGCGGAGAUAUUACGAAGCACCAAUUAUCAUCGCGAAUUAUAAUUACUAGGCAAG